AACAUUAUGCCUAACCUCCUACGAUAAUAUCAGCAUCGACUUUUCUGCUUUCAAAGGACUCUCUCCGAGUGCAAAGCAUGCGGCAUGACAAUCCGUGUGUUGUUGAGGGACCAUCCUCAUCGCGCUGUUGCAUUAGCCACUGAUGACCACAUCUUAACCUUCCGCCAUAGUGCCUCCACUGCUGGCGCCUCCUCGCUUUCCGUCAACUCUACGCAAAGCAAUACCCUGCAACCAAGAUGUAUGGUCGAAUUCGCUAGAGUUGCGGAUACCGAUACUACCGACUUUCGAUCCCUGAGCUCACUUACGGUUUUCGGAACCCUCGGCUUGAUCACCAUCAAUGGCGAUAUCUUUCUUUGCGUUGUCAAUGGAGCGCAAAGGGCUGCCACUGUUAGAAAUGGUGAAAAUGUCUUGAAGAUCACUUCUGUCGAAUUUCACUGCAUCAACAAGUCCGAUUAUGACUCUCUUACUUUGGAUCGCCUCAACAACUUCUCCACUGAUGAUCUUGAUGAGGAUAGUUUCGAUCAUUAUCAUGCCAAGGAUCCUGUCCUGGAACACCCUUGUAUGGCCAUGAAGAAGCUUCUUAGCGGAGGCAGUUUCUACUACAGUGCCGACUUUGAUUUGACCAGACGUCUACAAGACAGAUCAUCCUUGUCAGCAACUGUUGCAAUCGACAGUCUCGAUGCCGGCUUCCUCUGGAACUCAUACAUGAUUCAGCCACUAGUCAGCUUUCGCUCCAGAUUAUCAGAACAUGAAAGAAGAGAACUGGAUGCCUCUCGCAUUCUGACGUCUGCGAUACGUGGAUUUGCCAUGACGGUUACUGUCCCACCCGCAUCAUCGCCAAUCAGUCAUGCUUCCUCUGGUUUCCCAUCCACUCUUACUCUGCUUUCUCGUCUAUCUUGCCGCAGAGCUGGUACCCGCUUCAACGCUCGAGGUAUUGAUGAUGAUGGUAAUGUUGCCAACUUUGUCGAGACCGAAGUCAUCUUUUCCACGCCCGCUGGUACAAGCUUCUCCUAUGUCCAAGUACGAGGCAGUAUUCCUCUAUUCUGGGAGCAGGCUGCAGGAUUCACACCAGGUCAACAGAAAAUUCAGCUCACGCGCUCUGCUGAAGCUUCGCAGCCGGCAUUCGACAAACAUAUGUCUGACCUGGAGAUCAACUAUGGCAAUAUUCACGUUGUCAACCUGCUCAGCAAUGAGAAACCUGGUGAACUUGAGCUGAGCCGGAGGUAUCAAUAUCAUGUUCGUAACAGUCCUUUGAAUUUGCCUUCGGGUGAACCUGGCGAGAAAGAGGUUGAAGAUCACGAGCUCAUUAAAGAAACCGAUUACGACUUCCAUGCUGAGACCCGUGCGCUUGGAUAUGAAGCAGCCAAAGGAAUCAAGCGAUACAUUCAAGACUCGGUCGAGAACUUUUCCUACUUUCUCUCGGAAGAGGUAGAUGACCAACCAAAGAACGCCAAUGGUAGACCACAGUCACACAUCAGAAGAAACAUGAGUAUACUCCAGCAGGAAGGUAUAUUCCGCACAAACUGUCUCGACUGCUUGGACAGAACAAACCUUAUUCAGACACUCAUCAGUCAACUGGCCAUCCAAGAGUUUUUGAGCCAACGAGGCGAAAGGAUGGCGACCAAUGACUUCUGGGUAAGACAUGGUACUCUUUGGGCUGACAACGGUGACGCACUGUCGCGUAUCUACGCAGGUACAGGUGCAUUGAAGUCAUCGUUCACCCGGCAUGGAAAGUCAUCUAUUGCAGGUGCUUUCGCCGACUUCAGAAAGAGUGCUACAAGACUGUAUAUCAACAACUUCGAGGACAAAGGCAGACAGAAUACCAUCGAUAUGCUUUUGGGUCGUCUGAUGGAUCAAGUUCCAGUCCAUUUGUUCGACCCGAUCAACGAUUGGGUAUCGGCAGAGCUCAUCAAGAGGACGAAUGAAUAUUCGGCCUACGACAAUAUCAACAUCUACGUUGGUACCUUCAACCUCAACGGCAAGACUAGAGGUCUUUCUGAGGAUCUGUCACCUUGGCUUUGUCCUCCUAUCGAUCUAUCGCAACAACAGCCCGAGAUUGUGGCUGUGGGUUUCCAGGAAAUCGUGGAUCUCAGUCCCCAGCAGAUCAUGUCUACCGACCCUCACAGAAGACAAGCUUGGGAAGAUGCUGUAAAAACAUGUCUCAAUGAACAUGCUCAAACUCUGGGAUCAGAAGAAUAUGUCAUGCUGCGAGGCGGGCAAUUGGUCGGCGCUUCUCUAUCUGUAUUCGUCAAGGCAAGCGUCUUGCCAUAUAUCAAGAAUGUUGAGGGAGCUUUGAAGAAGACUGGUAUGUCUGGUAUGGCAGGGAACAAGGGUGCUGUGGCUAUUCGUAUGGAGUACGCCAAUACAUCAAUCUGCUUGGUCACGGCACACUUGGCUGCAGGAUUCGCCAACUAUGAGGAGCGUAACCAGGAUUAUCGGACCAUCAGUCAUGGACUUCGCUUCCAGAGGAACAGAUCGAUUGAGGAUCAUGACACUAUCAUCUGGCUUGGUGAUUUCAACUACCGCAUUGGUAUGGCGAAUGAGAAGACGAGACAAUUGGUCAAGAUGGGCGAUCUUGAGAAAUUGUACGAGAACGAUCAGCUCAACCUUCAAAUGGUUCAUGGCAAGACUUUUCCAUACUACAACGAGGCCAGGAUUACCUUCUUACCGACAUACAAAUAUGAUGUUGGCACAGAUGAGUACGAUUCGAGCGACAAAGCUCGUAUCCCUGCAUGGUGCGAUCGAGUCUUGACCAAAGGUCACAAUCUCCGCCAAAUUCAUUACAACACCGCGCCAUUGAAGUUCUCAGAUCACCGUCCCGUCUACGCCACCUUCCAAUGCACUAUCACAGUGAUCGAUGAGAAGAAGAAGCAGGAUAUCAGCGAAGGACUCUACAGACAGAGACGUGCUGUCGUCGGCGGCCACACUGCAAACACCAGAGCCGAAGACACCGAGGACGAAGAUUUACUCGGCUAUGAGUCGAUUGAACCCGGUUUACCUCCCGCAUCCUCCGAUAGAAGAAAAUGGUGGCUAGACAAUGGCGUCCCUGUCCGCUCGCAAGUCAAAGCACCCGAAGGCCACGUCCGCAAUCCUUCCAGACCACCCAACCCCUUCAGCGCAACCUCCGAACCCGACUGGGUCAAAGUGCCCCGACCAAAUCCACCUGCCUCGAGAGCUGCGUCGAUUCGCGAACGCAACUCCUCUGCUGCAACGUCAAGCGAAAACUUGAACAGGAGAUCUACAGUGUCUAAUCGUAAAUUACCUCCAGCAUGGCCUGCACAUCAACAAUCCAGAUCUACAUCUUCACAACAAGGCAGCCUCCUCGACGACCCAAUCUCUGAACCCGACCCACCGCUUCCACCCCGUCCCUCUAUGGAUCAGAAAACCAUACCGCGCAAACCUGCCCCACCCGUCCCGAAGAAACCGUCAAUGCUGCGGUCAGAAAGUCCCUCCAGCACCCGUGAUGAUUUCGCCCCCAAAUUGCCAUCGAGGGUGAACACAUUGCCGCAAUCGCCGGGAGGACUGCAGAAAAGUGGAAGUAUGCCGAUGCUUCCACCGCCCAGAAGGAGUAAUACUGGCGAGGUCAACACCAAGGGCAUUGAAACUUGGUCUAGACAGACUAGUCAGCAGAGUAGAGAUGGAGGGCCACCUUUGCCUCCUAGGAGAGGUACUGGUCAGAGAAAUCUGUUGGAUGAUGAUGAGGAUGAUGCAGGUAUGGGUAGUGGUGUUGGUGGUAAUUGGCAGCCUCUGAAACCUACCUGAUCGGUGCCGAGGGUAAUGGAUUGAUAGCUACGCAUAUACAUGGCUCGCUUCUUGAUCGAGGAAGAUGAUGAGUUGGUUGCCCGCCUCGAAUCUCUAUCUCAAUCUCAUCUUUUCUUUCUCUUUACACAUCAAUAAU